CCGGCGCUGAGGGUGCAGGAUUGGGCCCCGUCCCCGACUUUUCUCUGUCUCUUUUCAGGGCCAGCGUAUGGGUGAGGGGGCACCCCCUGGGGCCUGAGCUGCCCCGCACAGGAUGCCCCGUGCCCCCCACUUCAUGCCCUUGCUGCUCCUGCUGUUGCUGUCACUCCCCCACACACGGGCUGCCUUUCCCCAGGACCCCCUCCCUCUGCUGACCUCUGACCUGCAAGGUACUUCCCCAUUAUCCUGGUUCCGGGGCCUGGAGGAUGAUGCUGUGGUUGCAGAACUUGGGCUGGACUUUCAGAGAUUCCUGACCUUGAACCGGACCUUGCUAGUGGCUGCCCGGGAUCACGUUUUCUCCUUCGAUCUUCAAGCCCAGGAAGAAGGGGAGGGGCUGGUGCCCAACAAGUAUCUAACAUGGCGGAGUCAAGACAUGGAGAACUGUGCUGUGCGGGGGAAGCUGACGGACGAGUGCCACAACUACAUUCGUGUUCUCGUUCCCUGGGACUCCCAGACACUCCUUGCCUGUGGAACAAACUCAUUCAGCCCUGUGUGCCGCAGCUACGGGGUAACGUCGCUGCAGCAGGAGGGUGAAGAGCUGAGUGGGCAGGCCCGAUGCCCCUUUGAUGCCGCUCAGUCCAACGUGGCUGUCUUUGCAGAGGGCAGCCUUUACUCAGCCACAGCCGCGGAUUUCCAGGCCAGUGAUGCUGUGGUCUACAGGAGCCUUGGGCCUCAGCCCCCACUCCGCUCCGCCAAGUACGACUCCAAGUGGCUCAGAGAGCCACACUUUGUCCACGCCUUGGAGCAUGGAGACCAUGUCUACUUCUUCUUCCGAGAGGUCUCUGUGGAGGAUGCCCGGCUGGGAAGGGUACAGUUCUCCCGAGUGGCCCGUGUGUGUAAGCGUGACAUGGGUGGCUCGCCUCGGGCCUUGGACCGCCACUGGACAUCCUUCCUGAAGCUGAGGCUCAACUGCUCUGUCCCUGGGGACUCUACCUUCUAUUUUGACGUCUUACAGGCCUUAACUGGGCCUGUGGACUUCUAUGGCCGCUCUGCUCUCUUUGGGGUCUUCACCACCCAGACCAAUAGCAUCCCUGGCUCUGCGGUCUGUGCCUUCUACGUGGAUGAUAUCGAGCGUGGGUUUGAGGGCAAGUUCAAGGAGCAGAGGAGUCUGGAUGGGGCCUGGACACCUGUGUCUGAGGACAGGGUUCCAUCCCCCAGGCCAGGAUCCUGUGCAGGAGUAGGUGUGGCUGCCUUGUUCCCCUCUUCUCGAGACCUCCCCGAUGACGUCCUGACCUUCAUCAAGGCUCACCCACUGCUGGACCCCGCUGUGCCACCUGCCACCCAUCAACCUCUGCUCACCCUCACCAGCAGGGCGCUACUGACCCAGUUAGCUGUGGAUGGUAGGGCUGGUCCCUACAGUAACACCACAGUCCUGUUCCUGGGCUCCAACGAUGGGACCGUGCUGAAGGUGCUGCCCCCAGGGGGGCCAUCUGGCAGACGUGAGCCCAUCCUGUUGGAAGAAAUCAAUGCCUACAGCCCCUCCAGGUGCCGUGGGAAGCGGGCCGCCCAGACAGCACGGCGGGUCAUAGGGCUGGAGCUGGACACUGAAGGUCACAGGCUCUUUGUGGCUUUUUCUGGCUGCAUCAUCUACCUCCCUCUCAGCCGGUGUGCCCGGCACGGGGCCUGUCGGAGGAGCUGUCUGGCUUCUCAGGACCCAUACUGUGGAUGGCAUAGCUCCAGAGGCUGUGUGGAUAUCAGGGGACCUGGUGGGACUGAUGUGGAUCCAGCUGGGAACCAGGAAUCCAUGGAGCACAGCGACUGCCAAGAUGGAGCUACUGGGAGUCAGUCUGGCACAGGCGAUUCUGCUUAUGUGCUUCUGGGUCCUGGCCCUUCCCCUGAGACCCCCAGCCCCCCCAGUGAUGCCCACCCCCGGCCCCAGUCUUCCACUCUUGGAGCUCACACUCAGGGCGUGCGCCGGGACCUCCCCCCAGCCUCAGCCUCCCUCUCCGUCCCCAUCACACUCCUCCUGGCCUGUGCUGCUGCAGCCUUCGCCCUGGGCGCCUCAGUCUCCGGCCUCCUGGUCUCCUGCGCUUGUCGCCGAGCCCACAGACGUCGGAGCAAGGACGUCGAGACGCCGGGGCUCCCGCGCCCUCUCUCCCUUCGCAGCUUGGCCCGGCUGCACGGUGCGGGCCCAGAGCUGCCGCCGUGCAAGGAUGGAGACGGGGCGCAGCCGCCCCAGCUCUACACCACCUUCCUGCCUCCCCCCGAGGCCGUAGCCCCGCCGGAGCUGGCCUGCCUGCCCACGCCGGAGUCCACGCCGGAGCUGCCGGUCAAGCACCUACGCCACGCUGGGGGCCCCUGGGAGUGGAACGAGAACCGGAACAACGCCAAGGAGGGCCCCGGCCGCGCGCGGGGCGGAAACGCAGCGGGCGGCCCCGCGCCGCGCGUGCUGGUGAGGCCGCCACCGCCGGGCUGUCCCGGGCAGGCCGUGGAAGUCACCACCUUGGAGGAACUGCUGCGCUACCUGCACGGCCCGCAGCCGCCCAGGAAGGGGGCCGAGCCCCCGGCCGUGGCGGCCUUUACCUCGCGGGCGCUCCCGCCGGAGCCGAUCCCCACCCCCACCCUCUUUGCGGGCUCCAGCCUCCUCCCCCGGGAGUGUGGUCCGCCGCUGAGGCUGGACGUGCCCCCCGAGGGGAAGUGCGCGGCGCCCUCCAUCCGGCCCGCGCUCUCCGACCCGGCUCCCCGGCUAGGGGUCGGGAGCAGCCGGAGGAUGCCCUUCCCCACGCACCGUGCACCCCCCGCCCUGCUCACUCGGGUCCCCUCAGGGGGCCCUUCCAGGUACUGCGGGGGUCCCGGGAGACAUCUCCUGUACCUGGGCCGGCCGGAGGGGUAUCGGGGCCGCGCUCUGAAGAGGGUGGACGUCGAGAAGCCCCAGCCGCCCCCGAAACCUCUCGUCUCACCCUCCUCCCAGCCGGCUCUCCCCAACGGCAGCCAUUUUAACUUUUAAAGGGAGCUGCGCCACGUCCUCCAAUGGCGCCCUUGAGGCCCGUGCCCUCAAAGGCCAAGAGCAUAGACGCAUCUCCAAGGACAGAUCCCCUCCCUCUCUCCGUGUUCCACACCUCCAGCCUUCCUGGACUCUGAGAGUCUCCCGGGGUCCCAGCCCGCCUCGGGUUUAUUUAUUGACUGUCUUUUCCCCCUGUCCUCGAGAGAGGAGUGGGAGGUGAGAAGCUCGCCCCCUCAG